UCAAAACCCCGUUGUUGUGCUGAGCGCCACUCCCCCCAGACAGAUCGUUCAAGAGCUGGUGUGAGCCAUCCAGACACGCCGCCACUCCGACAUAACUCAGUGGUUGGAUUAUUACCACUGACACUUCCAUGCUGAAAAUAAAGACAUCGUAUGUUGAACAUCAUUGCUGGCUGUAAGUACGUCUUUGUAGGAUCAUCAACCUGACAGAAAAAGCAUGACAGGUGCUGUAAAGGUUUUCCUCAUAUGCGGUCUACUUCAAGGUAGCGUAUGCCAACCCUGGGCAGCCUUCAUGCCUCAGACAGUCGAGGGACUGAGUGGAUCCUGUGUGAUGGUCCCCUGCAUUUUUAGCUUGCCCUCAAGUUGGGAUCAACACCUGGAUGAUUCCUGUAAAGCCAUUUGGAAGAGAGGCUGGAGUCGAACGCAGGUGUUUGAUUCCAGCCUCACUGGAGAACAUGCAAGCUUAAACAUCCUGCAAGGAAACCUAACGGGGAUCCUGCGUGAGAAGGACUGCACCACCGUCUUCAACAACCUGCCGUCGGACCAUUACGACAGCUAUUACUUCAGACUGCAGUGUGACAACGAUCUGAAGUUCAACUUUCCAACAAGCGUCCUCAUCACCACUCAAAAUUCACUCCCCAAACCGAGCGUAACUCCAUCCAGGCUGGAGGUAGAAGAAGGGUCUCCGGUGAGGUUGAACUGCUCGGCUGUAGCUCCCUGUCCCGUUCUCCCCCCAGCUCUGACUUGGACCCCCAGUAUAGGUGACAUUGAGGAGAACAUGGAGACUCAAUUUUUGACCUCUGUUAUGAACUUCACCGCGUCUUACCUUCACAAUGGACAGAGGUUCUCGUGCACCGCUCUCUACAGCCGACCAGCUGGCAUCAGUGACCUUCUGUAUGAGAAAAGUUUGACCCUCCGUGUCCUUUACCCUCCAAAUAACACAUCAGUCAGCUACGCCGGUCCUGUAAAAGAGGGAAGCUGGGUGACUCUGACCUGCAACACCAACGCAAAUCCAGCUGUGGACAGUUACACUUGGUACAAAGUGGAUGGAGAUCAGGUGACAGCAGUGGGUUCGAAGAACAGGCUUUCAACUCCGGUCUCAGAGGUGGACAGACAUUUUUACUGCAAAGUCAGUAACAGAUAUGGAAACCAGAGCUCAUCCACCACUGAGAUAGACGUACAAUUUCCACCCAAGGAAACCGCAGUGAUCGUCAAUCCCAACGGUGCAAUACUGGAGGGCGGCUCUGUUUCUCUGCUCUGUAGGAGCCGUGCCAACCCACCUGUGACCAACUACACCUGGUACAAAGAAGACGAAGAGGAUAAGGAGCCUGGAUCGAGCUUGGUCAUAAACGUUGUCGACGCGAGCCACAGUGGUGACUACCACUGCGCAGCAAAAAGUGAGCUGGGAGAGGAAGUUUCAGCACCGCUUCAGCUGGACAUUCAGUAUCCCCCGAAGAACACCUCAGUGUCAGUUGACCCCUCUGGUCCAGUGGUGGACGGCAGCUCUGUAACUCUGACCUGCUCAAGCAUCGCCAAUCCAGCAGCGGUUAACGUCACCUGGUUCAGAGUGGUUGGAGGACAAGAGGAGGUGAUGGGCUCCGAGCGAGACGUCACCUUCAAUGUGACCAAACUCUCUGGGGAUCAGUAUUACUGUGAAGCUCUGAAUGUCCACGGAGCCGAAUACUCACAGCUUGCCAGUAUUGACGUCACCUUUGCUCCAGAGAUCCUGCCUUCUUCCCGCUGUGUCAAGGUUUUAACCCUGAUCCGAUGUUCCUGCGACAGCCAGGGGAACCCGCCUCCCUCCCUGAUUUGGGAAUUGGCCGGUGAGCCUGUCAAUAACUCUGCCGCCAUCCCGAUCAGGGAAGUCCCCCUGGGGAGCGUGGGCAUGAGGAGCCACAUCACCCUGUACCGUCUGGACGAAGACAUGCCCUCUCUAGUCUGCCUCAGCAUCAACUCAUUGGGCUCUGAUAGAUUUGCAUUCAACGUGUCCUCCAGCAUAUCUCAGCUAGGCCUCCAUGCUUUGUCUCUUUUGAUCGGCUCUUCGGCGGGAGCGAUGGGGAUGCUGCUGGUGUGUGUCCCGCUGCUGCUAUGCUGUUACAGUUGUAGGAAAAGGAAAGGCAGCCUUCCACCCAACAAGGGAUUGGUGGACACUUCUGACUUUGUAGUUACUAAUGGGAUCAACUCUUCAAAAAUGGAUGGGAUUUAUGCCAAUAAAGCCAAUCUGGAAGAGGAAGGAAUAGUUGAGGAAGAUCCUCUCCACUACGCCAAUGUGGACUUUGCUAAACUCCAGGCCAUGUCAGAGGAUAAGCUUGGGGAAGAGGAGAUCAGAGGCCUGGCCUCCAAAACGGCUGACUAUGCUGAGAUCUGUCUGCAAUCAGGAGGAAACAACGGAGGAGAUGCAGAGGAAAAAGAGACUGUUGCUGACACUCAUUUGGAACAAGGGAAUGAAACUGAUGGUCUCAUAGUAGAUGUUGGUGAAGAGGUUGUGGCUUAACUUUAGGGGAAAUGAUAGCCGAAACAGGAUUCUGGGCUACAAACAGCUACAGGACUUUACCAUGACAGCACAGCUCGAAAAGUCUGCAGCACAGCAGCAGAGGUAGAAACUGCACUGCAGACAACCUUAUUUAAAGUGACACUUGUGGCUUCAAGUUUAGCUCUCAACUUUGUCACUUUAACUCUUUUUUUUGUGUCUCUUUACUGAAAAAUGCAUAGCAAAACCACCAUAAAAAUGAAUAGUAGAUAGUUAUCCCACAAUCAACCAUAACAUAAAUGUUCCUCUAAACUCAACUCAACUUUAUUCUUCUAUAUGGUUCACUACUAUAGAUAAAUGCUGUUACAUUUAUCGUGCUACUGUUAAUGUUUAAUAUUUCAAUGCUAACUUUUAUCUUACAGUUAAUUAGGGCCCGAGCACCAACCAGGUGGUCGGCAAAGGAAUUACUAUUAUCGUCUCAAAUGAAUCACAUUUUUUAGGGGUUGUGUGCACACAUAUCAGAAGUGGUGAAAAUUGACAUUCUAGCUAGCGCUCCCUAUUUAGUAGCCCCUGCAGUGCGUUUCACCUAGAUCUAUGACAUUUGGUAGGUAUAUGUAACAAGCGGAGACGUACAGAAAAGUCUCUUGGAGGUAUACCGUAAACCCAACAGGAAUUUGGUUAUUUUGAAUUUUACGGUGUUUUAUUUUUUUUUACAUUUCAAGGUGCUGUACUUUAGGGUAUAACAUGCAAUAAUAUGCAAAACAAUGUAUGGACUGAUACAAAAAUAAUCCCUCUCAAUCUUCACUUAUGCCCCACUAGAAAUGUGUGGCGGUGUCUGUUUAUGCAGACGACAAAGCGCAUUCCACCAUAAAACAGGAAGUUGUGUACUUUGUCCAAUUUGCUCCAGCUUUUUCAACCAUGAUAAGGGUCAAGGUUUGAGGACAUUUAUAUGCCAAUAUAGACUCAUAGGCCCGUCCUCUACACUUUAGCCCCGCCCUCUAUCAUAACCCAUGAACUGUUUGUCAAAGUGAGAGGCAUCAUUGCACUCAGCAGAGAGUUCCUGUUCCAUUGGUGACGGUUAUCUCCAUGCCCUACACUUUAGCCCCGCCACUACCCCCGACGUGUGGGAAGGUGCGAAGGCCCACUCGUCAUUGCUUGCAGCUUUAAUUUAUUAUUUUAAAACCUUUCUGCAGAGUGAAAAAGCAGUUACACAGAGUUUGUCACACUUUGUAUUUGUUUUUUGUUAAGAUACAUAAAUAUGUUUGUGAUUGUUUAUAAAAACAGAGAUAGCUAUUCUUCCUGAAGUUAAGUUGGCAGUUGUGAAUUCAAAGUGUUGUGAAAUGAAGCAUUAUGCAUUUGGCACACAGUUUCUACAUGCAUAAGUGAGAAACAAACCUCAGUAAAAAAACUUCUGCACAGCGUUACAACUUUAAAGCCAAGUCAUCUUCUUGUAAUGUCAAUAAAUUGAACGAAUAUGUU